ACCCUCUCUCCCCCCCCCGACCCUCUCUCUCUCAGAGACCAAAUCUACCAAUUCCUUCAAUUUCUCUAAUCAAAACCUCCAAUUCCCAAGCCUCACAUGGCUUCUAAAAGGGUGCGCCCCGAAGAUGCUUCUCUGGACAAGCGUCGCCGGGGCAUCGGAGCUGAGAAAAUGGAGCGACAGGGCGGUCCGACUGCUGCUGGGAGGCCUAGAACGCCGUUUUCCGUUGUCACAAAUCGCUCCGACCUUAACACGACGAGCGAUGUCAGCGAGGCAGUUGACUUCACGAAGGAGGAGGUGGAGGCUUUGCUGAACGAAAAGAAAAAGGGAAAUACAUAUGAUAGUAAGAAAAAGAUGGAGCAAAUGACGGAUCUUAUUAAGCGACUUAAGGCCUGCGUUCGCUGGUAUAAAAGGAUAGAAGAAGGGUAUGUUCAAGAAAAGGAAAAGCUUCAGUCUGAGCUAGAGGCUUCUGAGAAGAAGUGCAGUGAUACUGUGACUGAGAUGAAGAAUAAGAUUGAUGAGUUGAAGGAAGCUCUUUCUGAUUCGAGGAAGACAAUUUCUUGUCUAGAAGAGAGAAUUGUGAAGGAAGAAUCAGAUAAAUUGGAAGCAAUUAAUUCUUAUGGUAAAGAAAAGGAAGCCAGAACUGAGGCUGAGAAAGUUCGGGAUGAGAAGUCAGCUGAGCUUGAGAAAGUUCGGGAUGAGAAAUCAGUUGCUGAGAAGAAGGCCAUUUCAAACGAAGAUUUGUACAAGCGAUCACAGGAGUAUAAUAUGAGCUUGCAGCAGUACAAUAGUCGUCUUCAGUUUGAUCUUGAAACAGUUAAUGAGGCCCUUAAACGGCUUGAAACUGAGAAAGCAUCCAUUGUUGAGAGCCUUAGUAAUUUAAGAGGCCACAAUAAGGCAUUGCAGGAUCAGUUGGUAUCUCUUAAGGUUUCACAGGACGAGACUAUAAAGCAGAAAGAAAUUUUAGUAAAUGAGCUCAAAUGUCUUCGUGAGGAGUUAAAGCAACUUAGAGAUGACCGUGACCGUCAGUUGGAGCAAGUAAAUGCUCUAACUAGAGAAAUAGCGAGGCACAAAGAAUAUACUGGGAAAACAUGUACUCAAUUGGAUGCAUUGAUGAUUAAAACAAAUACUCUUGAGGAAACUUGUUCAUCUCAAAAGGAUCAAAUACAUAUACUGCAGCAGCAAUUGUUUGCUGAAAGAGAGAAGUUAAAG